AUGGCAGAAGCUUCUUCCUCUUCACUGUGUGCAGCAAACGACGUGCCUGUAGUUAGGAAUAUCAGUGAGAUGGAUCAGCAUAACUAUGGCCGGCAGGGUUUAUCUCACAUCACCAUUGCUGGUUCAUUAAUGCACGGCCUUAAAGAGGUAGAGGUAUGGCUCCAGACAUUUGCUCCUGGCGUUCAUACACCAAUUCAUAGGCACUCGUGUGAGGAAAUAUUCGUGGUUGUUAAAGGGAGUGGAACUCUUUAUCUUGCCUCUAAUUCGCAUAAAAAUUAUCCCGGCAGUCCUCAGGAGUUUCCUAUUUUCCCGAACAGCACGUUUCACAUCCCUGUCAAUGAUGCUCAUCAGGGAAUAGGGAAAGGGCUUCAACUAGCUACCUCGGGUCGGAGGCAAGGGAGUUCGGAUUCCAAGUUGGGUCUGUCAAUCUGCCCGUCUUGCUUGAGGCCAAGGGAAUUUACUGACUUUGCCGACCUACUCUCUUUCCAACCGUACCUUCGAUAUGGAACUCUGACGUUUACAACUCUUUGA